AUGAAGUUUUUUUUUUUAUCAUCAGAUGGAUUAGGACGAGAUGUGAAAAAGGCUGAGUUUCUCUCUAAUGAGACCGAUACGCAAGUGUUACUCGAACAUGUCGUCCCUAAUGGUUGGAGGGAAGGUAUUCUCACUAUUGGCACAUUUGGGUUUGAUCCAUUGAAAAAUUUCGAUCAACAGAAUGAGGGUCCAAUUGCAAAUGAAGUUGACGCAGCAGAAGAAGAAAAAGAAGAAGAAGAAUGUGUGGAACAAGUAUAUUUCACUGACAGCGAGAGUGACAACAUCGAUUUAGAAGAUGAACAACUGAAUCCAUUGGUGUUUACAGCAUUUAACCGUGGCUUGGAGAAAGACACUGGUUCAGAUUGUGAUGAAAAUGCCCCGAAGGUUGAUCCGAUAAUGAAUAUUGGCGGCAUUCCACUUUCCACAGGACCUCAUGAACAUGGUUUAGAGUUUUCGGAGUCGUACCAGAAGAUAAAAAAGAAAGAGAGGACUACUCUUGCAGAAUUGUUCUCGGCUGAUGCUGAUGGGCACGCAAAGCAAGAUCAUGGGAAAGUUCAGCCAGAAUUCAUUAAGAAACCUAUUCCUCCUGCAAAGAACUACGGGCUCUCAUUUGCCAAGAAGCUCAUUCCUGGAGCUGGAGGGGAUUCCUGUCCGAUCCGAAGACUACAUACAUUGAUGACAAAAAUGUUGAAGAGAAAGAUCCAUCCAGACCUUGAGGGCAAGAUUCAAAAGCAGCACAGUGAGACUGUGUCCAGUAUGUCGGGAUUUAAUAUUAAGGAAUAUGGAGCGAAUGCAUCAGUUUCUCUUCUUCAAACUCAAGUCAAGGCACCAUUUUAUAAUGAUAAUCAAGCAAAGAUGGAUGCCAUAUGCUAA